AUCCUUGAAAACGAAUCCCUGAGGAGUUCUUUCCUAGGGUUUGCAUCAGAGAUUCCAGCAGCUAUGGAAGGCGAGGAUGAAGGACCAGGAACGAUGAUCGAAGACAUCGUGUCCAAUGGUGUAGACGACAAGCGUAGUAAACCGAUCUUUAGCAGCGAACAGAUGGACGUGGAGGCUUACGCAAGUCUCUACAGCGGCAGAACAAAGAUCACGAGGCUUUUGUUCAUUGCCGAUCGGUGUGGUAACCAGUCAAUGCAGUUGGAGGCAUUACGAAUGGCUUACGAGGAGAUUAAAAAGGGCGAGAACUCUCAGCUCUUUAGAGAGGUCGUUCAGAAGAUAGAUGGAAGGUUGGGGCCUGCUUAUGGGAUGGACCAGGCAUGGGUCGAUAACGUUGAUCGUAGAGCUGAGCAGAGAAAGGAGAAGCUCGAGAACGAGCUCAACUCUUACCGGACAAAUUUGAUAAAAGAAAGCAUUAGAAUGGGAUACAAUGACUUUGGAGAUUUUUACUAUGCUCAUGGUGUCCUUGGUGACGCUUUUAAAAACUAUGUCCGUACUCGUGAUUAUUGCACUACAUCAAAGCACAUAAUUCAGAUGUGUCUGAAUGCAAUUCUUGUUAGCAUUGAGAUGGGCCAGUUUACACAUGUCACAAGCUAUGUAAGUAAAGCAGAGCCAACACCAGAGGCACUGGACCCUGUUACUGUAGCAAAAUUGCGUUGUGCUGCUGGAUUGGCACACUUGGAGGGAAAAAAGUACAAACAUGCUGCUCGCAAGUUCUUGGAGACAGGUCCUGAAUUGGGAAAUAACUACACUGAAGUGAUUGCACCACAAGAUGUUGCGACAUAUGGUGGACUUUGUGCACUUGCUAGUUUUGACAGGACAGAAUUAAAGAACAAAGUUAUAGACAAUCUCAAUUUCCGUAAUUUCUUAGAGCUGGUGCCUGAAAUAAGGGAGCUUAUUAAUGAUUUCUAUUCAAGCCGUUAUGCUUCAUGCCUUGAGUACCUUGAAAAUCUCAAAGCCAAUCUGUUGCUCGACAUCCAUUUGUAUGACCAUGUUGAGACGCUGUAUAAUCAAAUCCGUCACAAAGCCCUCAUCCAAUAUACACACCCAUUUGUGUCUGUUGAUCUUCACAUGAUGGCUAGUGCCUUUAAAACAAGUGUUGCUGGGCUGGAGAAAGAACUUGAAGCUUUGAUAACUGACAACCAGAUACAGGCUCGAAUCGAUUCACACAACAAAAUUCUUUAUGCACGACAUGCUGAUCAAAGGAAUGCAACAUUCCAACGGGUCCUACAGACAGGCAGUGAGUUUGACCGUGAUGUCAAAGCAAUGUUGCUGAGGGCUAAUCUACUCAAGCAUGAAUGCAAUGCUAGAGCAGCCGCGAGGAAGUGCCUCUAAAAUGGUCAGCUUUGACAAGCAUGUUCUGAUGUGCUUUCACAUACCCUGUAUUGGUCUCCUACUAAUAUAGGGUAUGGAGCAAGUUUUUGGAGGACAAUUGAAAACCUUUUUAAUGUCUAUGGAGCCUCAUUUUUCUGGAAAUCUGCCCAUCAGCUCUAUACUGCACAUGCACUUUUGAGUAUGCGAGUCUCCAUGUUUAUAUGGCUGAGUCUUGACUACAGUGUAUAUACUAUUGCGUUUCAUUGUUUUUGUGGUUGGUUAGCAAAAAAGUAUGGUCUACAUGGCCAUGAAACAUUAGGAAGUUGGACUUUGGAUCUCCAGACAUAGAGAAAUUGGUACUAAUCUCAAAAUUAAAGGUGAGUUACAGAACA